AUGUCCAAUUACAAGCUGGUCUAUUUCGAUGGCAGGGGCAGGGCCGAAACCAUCCGUUAUAUUUUCAAACUGGCUGGAGUGAAGUUCGAGGAUAAGCGAUAUGAGAUGAGCGAUUGGCCGGCUGUGAAACCAACAAUCCCGACAUUUCAACUUCCCAUGCUGGAGAUAGACGGCAAGAUAAUCCUGCAGAGCAAAUCGAUGAUCAUGUACCUCGCCAGAAAACACAAUCUCUAUGGCAAAGAUGAGUUUGAAGGUAUGUGCAUCGACAUGAUAAUUGACACCGCUGAUGACGUAGUACCGCCAUGGGAUCUCAUCUUCUUCUCCACCACCGAAGAGGAAAAGGCGAAGCAUACCAAGAACUUCCAAGAAGUUGAGGUACCACUGAUCUACUCGCGUCUGGAGCGAUUGCGAGCCCUGGAGCACAUGCACGCAGGGGACUACUUCGUUAGUAACAAGCUGACAGCGGCUGACCUCCAUUUCGCCUCUAUGGUGGAAGUUGCCAACGUCUACUUUCCCAAUUCCUUGGCCAAGUUCCCUGUGCUGAAGGCUGUCUUUGAUCGUGUGGUGUCUAACCCGGUCAUUGCGGAGUGGAGGAAGGUUCGUCCCGUUACACCUUGGUGAUUACCUCCCUGUGAUUCACCGGCGCUCUAUCCUCCAUCAACCACCAUCCACUAUCUUCCUCUUACGUCCCGUAGCUGAGAAACUUCGUAGCAUUGUUAGGAUGCAGUGUCUUGAAUUUCUGCUUCACUUUAGAUUUCAUUUCUCCUUAAAUUUGAAUAGUUACAGUUGAUAAAAAAAAUGACGGGAGUGGAAACUUGCAACCUACGUUCAGAACAUAAGUGGCGUCUCUUACUUUGGUUUUGAAAAAAAAUCACAAGGUAUUAUUUUGAGUCACUUAUGGCUUCCAGAUUCAGGAAUAUUAUAAUUGAUAUAACAGAGCUUUUAUACGCAUAUCACCUGUGCCUUUUUAAUUUGUUUAAUUUGCAAUUGGUCCUCAAGGGUUAUCACUUUGAACCUCUGUGACUCGUAGGUUGGGCUCAUUUCACCGUCAAACUGGCUA